AUGGAAAAUCGUCGUUCAGAUUCUUGUUGUACAAAUGAGAAUAUCCUUACCGACCGUGAUUCAGGAUACGGUGGAUCAAGAAAUCCGAGCCAUGGAUCCAACGACGAUCGCCAAUCUGGUGAUGGUGAUCAAUUGACCACCUCUCAUUCAGCUACUCGCUCACGUCCGACCCCCAAGACUAGCCCUCCCAACGAUCCUGUAACACGACAGGUCCCAGUGCGACCUAUCGCAAAACCUAUAGACGAACAAACUGCAAGGCGCGCCAGUGAUGUGAUCGAACAACUAAGCGGCAUUUUGGCAGAAUUUAUGCUCAAGUCAAAAAAGCGAAAAUACUUGUCAAGAUCAAAGCGACAACUGCCUGCUAUGUCGAUACGACCUGUCAUGCUUGGAACCUCGAUUGAUGAUGCCAAAGUCGCCCUUGUCAUCUUCUGCUCAGAUGAAGACGGUGCACAUGACACGAUUCGGAAGUUGUUGCGCAAGCCGUAUGUGAAAGACCUCUAUGAGCCUAAAGACGAUUCCGUGUGCUCAUUUGAUGUGCAUAUCUUUGGUGCAUCACCAAGCACGCGAGGCAAUGUUGAGGACGGCAUCCGAAGCAUCCGAGGAGGUGUUGAAGUUGGCAUCCCAAGCACCGAAUCCUUUACUUACACUCACUGUGGAAUGCCGAUUCUCAUCACUACUCACGGGUUCAGCAAAGAGAUCGCCAUGGCAACGAUGGGUGGUCUCCUGCAAUGCAAUACAUCACGGUGGGUUGACAGCUCAUAUCAAGUUUAUGGCUUAACUGUUGCCCACGCAAUGUACCCUGAGACAAGAACCGACGGCGUUGAUGACGAAGACUAUGAGUUUGAUUUGUCAGAUGACGAUAGCGAUGAAUACGACGAUGACAGUCCGUUAAACACAUCUUCUGAAAGCGAUGAUUCAUGUCCAACUCCACCUGUUCAAGUUGACUGGGGCGUAUCGUUUGAAGCGGACCAAAAACAAAAAGCGAGGCCAGCUACUCCACAUACAUAUCGACCAGGUUCCAUAUUUGCGCAACCUAUAGUAUACUCAUCUCUCGAUAACGACUCGGGUUUCCGAGACUGGGCGUUGUUCAAGUUUCCGGCAUGGGAGAUCCCAUUGAAGCCUAACAUGCUAGUGACUGAGGGAAAGCCCCCAUCUCUGCUCAAGAUGCGCAACUUUUUACUUGAUUAUCCGACCAGUCGACCAGUAUACAUCAUUGCAGGAGUAUCUGGAAUAAAGGAAGCAACAGUCUCGGUUGGUUUAAGUCAAGUACUUCUCCAGCCUGGGACCAAGUUUACAUUGUACCAGGGGAUUCCGGAUCCUGGGUAG